AUGCGUGUGACGACUUUCUUGGCCUGGCCCGUUGCGGCUUUCGCACUCAGUAUUUCUAUCGUCAAUGCUGCUCCCUAUUAUCAGUCCAAACGAUCUCUGAACCCCAAGAAAGGCCUUGACAAGGUGUUCAACGACCUGGGUUCACCACAACUCUUCGAACGUAAGCUGGUCCCUCGGAAAAAUGACUUUUAUUACCCGGCCAGUAUCUCGCAAAAGCGGACGAAUAAUCGAAACAAGGUACUGCUUAAGGAACUAUACCGCCACUAA